CGACGACUAUGUCUUGUUGUUUUUGGUGUUUGUGCAUUAGGAUUGAUCCUUUUUACGUUGUACAGUGCCAUUAUGCAGCAAAGGAACCAGAAUUGUGUUAGAUAUUCUUUAAAAAUUACGAAAUGAUAGUAUAACUUACCUGAAAGAGAAGAAAACUAGAUGGCCAAAACCAAACGUCAGGAAAAGCGAUGUAUUGCGCGAACUAGCACUUGAAAACGUAAAAGUCCCGGAAGUAGAAGAAACAAAUUCGACGAAACAAAAAAAUUACUCCAAAAAAUCUCUUAAAAAGAAUACUUCAAAAGGGAAAAAUUCAAAGAACAAUGUAUCCAAGAUACCGGCACCUCCGAAUACUUUCGACGCUGCACUCAAGAAUUGAUCCGGUAUUAUACCUACUAAGAAGUUGCAAUUCGGUGACUUGGAUAAUGCUCGUAGCUCGAGUAAUGAGGAUAUGGCACGAGAAUUAGCAGAAAAGGAUGCCAAAAUUACAGAGCUGAUGGAGGCUUUACGAAAACAGCAAGAGAAAAGUGAGAAUAACUUUUCGUUUUAAGGCAGCCCUAAAUCCCAUAGUAAUAUACCAUCCGCUAAAGGUAAGAUAUUCUUCACUACACAUGCAUAUAUUUUUAUAUUGUUCUCAGUUCUCAUCACUUCAUCCAAAUCACCACAAUACUGUACGUAUUAUAUUGCAUCGAAAUUCAUUUUUGUAUUUUUACUUACGUCAUAACUAUUUGUUUGAGGUACCACUUCGAGAUGUAAUGCAAGAGGACUCACUGGGAACAUAACAAGUCCAUGUGUGGUUGAUGGAGACAAAAUAGUGGACGUCGAAGUGAAGGUUGAAGAAGAAAAUUCAAUUCCGAAAACAAAGAAGCAAAACUUGGAUGAAGGGGAAAAAAAGGAUCUAAGUACGUGAAAACUGGUCACAAUUUCACUUACACUUUAGAAGAUUAUAAAAAUUCAGGAUUAGAAAUGCGGACUGAGUUAUCUUCAUGAACUAAAAAGGUUAUAUUGGAAAACGGAAAAGAAAAGCACGUCGAGAUGAUCCAUUUGCAUUUCGGUAUUUCUAUUAGCAUGGAUAGUUGGCGCAAUGCCUUGGCUGAUAAAUCAGCCCCCAGAUUCCUGAAGGUCAUGCUGUUGCAGAUUUUUGAGCCCAAAGAGUGUUCCACCUUGGCUGUACAAGUGACGAGGACUGCAUCAUCCGCUCACAGAAAAUAUGUGCCAUCAAGGCAAUAUAACGUACUGAGAAAAGUUUGGCUACACUUUCUCGUAAAGAAGAAAAUGAUCAAGGCUAAAUGCUGCAGAAACCCGAGCAUGUCAGAAAAUUAUUAAUGGGUUUGGUCGUCAACUGGGAGUGGUGAUCAAUCAAAUUCGGAUUCAAUAUUUCAAUCUAGAAAAGGCAGGGUUGCUGUCAGAAUUUGAAAAAGGGAAUGCUAGUAAAGAAGAAGUAGAAGAAGAAUUUGUUGAGUUCAACAGUCAUUUACAAAUUAGAAAUAAUUCCUUUUGAAGUCAUUACAUAAGAAUAUUAUAAUAACCAUAUAAUAUGUCACUGAAGCCAAAAGUAGUAGAUUUUGGUCAAACGUGGAAUAUUUUACAAGAGACAGUUAAAGGAGUCAUAACGUUAGCUGAUGUCCCUAGAGCAACAUGGAACGAUAGGUUUAGUGAUGUUUAUUCGUUGUGCGUUGCCUAUCCAGAACCAUUAGCUGAUCGCUUGUACAUUGAAACUGAAAAAUUUUUAGACAAUCAUGUUAAUCAAUUAUUAAUCCAAGUACAAUCACACGGAGAAAUUGGCUUAUUGCAGUCUUACCACCGUGCCUGGACUCAAUAUUCUCAAGGAAUAAAUUACCUCCAUCAGUUAUAUCUAUAUUUAAAUCAACAACACAUAAAAAAACAAAAAUUAACAGAAGCAGAAAUUAUUUAUGGAUCUCCGUCUACAAUCCCUGACUGUCAAGAACAGAAAGAAAUAGGUGAACUUGGCUUAUAUCUAUGGGAAAAUAAAAUGAUUGCAUCUUUGAAGGAUUUGCUUGUUACAUUACUUCUUGAAGGAAUACAUGCAGAUCGAUUAGGAAAAGCACAACCUGCUACAUCGGAUGUCAUUUGUGGAGUUAUUGAAAGUUUUGUAAGAGUUGAAGAAUACAAAAUGAAAGGUCAACUAAAGCUAUAUCAAGACAUUUUUGAAGGGCCUUUCUUGAAACAAAGUGGUGAAUUUUAUGCUAGAGAAGCCUCAGAAUUAUUACAACAAUCCAAUGUAACUCGUUACAUGGAACGAGUUACAUGGCGCUUAAGCCAAGAAGAACUGCGUGCACAUAAAUUUCUUCACAUAACUUCAGUACCUAAGGUAAGACAAUGUUGCGAAGAAAAAAUGGUCGCAGCACAUGUUGCAUGGUUGCAUACUGAAGUUGAUGCAAUGGUUGAGCAUGAAAGAAGAAAAGAUUUAUCACUUAUCUAUCCAUUACUCAGACCACUUCCAUCAGGUUUAGCUCAUCUUGUACGAAAACUUACACAACAUGUGACGAACGAAGGUCUUCAAGCGAUAGGCUCUCUUCAUGGCGAUAAUGUACAUACGCAAUUUGUUGAAAAUAUGUUAGAAGUACAUGCUAAAUACUCGAAUUUGAUAAAAGAUUUAUUCAAAGGAGAUCAAGUUUUUGUGGGUGCCCUAGAUAAAGCAUGUUCGGCAGUUGUGAAUCAUAGAAUGUCUCCCAGGCAAUUGGCUCGUGCACCAGAAUUGAUUGGAAAUGUAUUUUUAGUUCACAGUGACAAUGCACCUAUAUUUCUAUUAGAUUUAUGGAGUGGACAAUGUGAAAAAACUGUUAACGAAGCUUUACCAAAUGACAAAAGUGUUGUAUUGAAAACAAUACAAGAAGGUACAACUGGUCAGAUACAGCCUCUUGAUGUAUAUGGAUUUAGAUUAUGGAAGAACUUUAUAAGAAAAUUAUCUGACCUAACACUUCUUAUGGAUUACGAUCUCAACUUACACGAAAGAAAUAAUAUAAUCAAGAUUCAAUCGUUAUCACAUAACAAAUUUUCUUUACCAAGAUUUCAAAAUGUUUUUCAAUAUACAUGGUACAAAACUGGUGAACAAGACGAAAGUGAAGAUUUAUCAAGUAAAAAGAAGAGAGGUCAGAAUUUGAGAUUCAAUUUUGAAAUAUCUCCAGAAGAAUGGUCAAAAAUAGAGCCAGUAAAAGGAAUGUACAAAAAUGGUAGGGAAAUUCAAUGUUUACAAGCUGGCUGGACAGACAGCUACUGCACUAUUUGUAAAGCUGAUUUAAAAAUUUAUUGUGAAGAAAGGCCCAUAGAUGGAAAACCAAUUGUGUUUCAAGUGGAAACCAAAAAUUCUCAUGGAAUACCUCCUUCCAAUAAAAGACGCUUGGCUGGUCCCCAAAGGAUUGCAAUUAAAAAAGAACUAGAGUGCAAAAAGCCAAAGAGGCAAUCAAGGAAAUGA